CGAGACUGCUACUGGCAAGAAUGAUGUGUGCCUGCAUCCACAUGACUGAACAUGAAGCGCCGUCUUCCAAGACUCGCCACCGAGCUCCAGGCAACGUUCAUAUAUAACCUUGCUCCCCACCUCCUCCUCAUGAAACAUCCUUGUGACACAUCUUGCCACUGCAUGCUACAGCUACCUUCUCCUGCAUCUACUAUCGAUACACAAGCUUCUCUAGACUGCUCCCAUCAUGCAUCUCAUUUCCGCUUCACUACUACUGCAGCUCGUCGCUACUGUCCUCGCAGCACCUGCCAAGCGAGCCGCCAGCUUCGCCUAUGGCGUCGACAAAGUCCGUGGCGUGAACCUCGGUGGUUGGCUAGUCCUCGAGCCAUGGAUCAAGCCAUCCCUCUUCAAUCAAUUCCUCACAGGCACGCCAGCAGUCGAUGAAUACACAUUCUGCCAAGUCCUCGGUCCAGACGCGGCAGCAGCACAGUUACGUCAGCACUGGGAUACUUGGUUCACGGAAGGUGAUUUCGCGCGUCUUGCAGCAUCUGGAUUGAAUCACGUUCGCUUGCCUGUCGGGUACUGGGCAUUCAACAAGAUUGCUGGUGAACCGUUUAUUGAUGGUCAAGCUAUCUAUGUCGACAAGGCUAUUGGCUGGGCACAAAAGUAUAACCUCAAGCUUUGGAUUGACUUACACGGUGCAUGGCAAUCUCAAAACGGCUUUGACAAUAGCGGCAGAUUUGGACGGAUAGGAUGGGGUACUGCUGAGACUGUGCAACAUACCAUUGACACCCUCCAAGUUAUCGUCAACCGCUAUGGUAGAAACCCAGGUGUUGCUGGUAUUGAGCUUUUGAAUGAACCGGCUGGAUUCGCCAUUGACCCAAGCAUCAUUCGAGACUUCCAUCAACGUGGCUACCAGGUUGCCAAGUCAACUGAUCGAUUCGUCAUCAUCCACGAUGCCUUCUUGCGACCGGAUCAAACGUACAACAAUUUCCCAGCAUCGCAGUACCCGAAUGCAGCAAUGGACGCACACCUCUACCAAGUCUUUUCACCCGGUGAGAAUGCCAUGAGCCACCAGACGCAUCUCACGGUCGCUUGCAAGAAACGCAGUUCCUUGGCCGGAGCGAAAGGCAAGAUGCCCAUCAUUGUGGGUGAAUGGUCUGGCGCCGAGACGGACUGUGCGCAAUGGUUGAAUGGCUUCAACCGAGGUGCUAGGUACGAUGGCUCAUUCCCGGACAGCUACUACAUUGGUUCUUGCGCCAACAAGAAUUCCCUCGAUGCAAUGAAUGGCGAUGAGCGGAAUCAAGUCAAGGAAUUCAUCCUUGCGCAACUCGAUGCAUUCGAGGCCGGUGGCGAUGGAUGGAUCUUUUGGACGGCAAAGACAGAGUCGGCAGACUUGUGGAACUUCCAAAAGUUGUUUGACUAUGGUCUCUUCCCUGUCGGUGCGCGUGGUUUCUGUGACCCAUUUCCUUGGUCAUGAAUCACCGCUGGGAUACGUAGAUGAGGCUAGCAUUGAGUUAGAGGGUAUAUAGCAUUACGACCAUAUUUACGAC